AUGGAGUUGCAGACUUUAUACCUCUCUCAAUCUACUAUCCAGCUCCUCCUCUCAUUUACUGUCAUCCUGUUCGUAACCAACUUGAUUCUAAAGAGAUCGUCGAAAAGAGUAUCAAAUUUACCGCCAGGCCCAUGGAAGCUCCCCAUCAUAGGCAACCUCCACCAUUUGAUGGGCUCAAAGCCGCCCCAUCACCGACUUCGAGAACUGGCCCAAAAAUACGGGCCCGUGAUGCACCUCCAGCUCGGAGAACUGCGCCACGUGGUGAUUUCCUCCGCGGAGGCUGCCAAGGAAGUCUUGAAAACACAUGAUGCACCUCUCGCUUCCAGGCCCUUCAUUCUGGCCGCCAACAUCUUUUACUACGGCGGAAAGGGCAUCUCAUUCACUCCCUACGGCGAGUACUGGAAGCUGAUGCGGAAGAUCGCCACCGCGGAGCUACUCAGCAACAAGCGCGUCCUCUCCUACCGCUCCAUCAGGGAAGAAGAGCUGUCGGCCAAUCUAGUCCGCCGCAUCGCUGACUCAUCGACCAAUCAACAAACCCCGACGACGAUCAAUUUCGCCGAGGUCUUGUUCCCGGCGAUGAACCGCGUCAUCGCCAGGUCAGCAUUCGGCGUGGUGCGAGACAACACCAAGUCCUUCAUGGGCUUGGUGAGCGGUGGAUCGGACCUGCUCAGUGGGCUGGACCUCUCCGAUUUAUACCCUUCGGUCAAAUUCCUGCCCGCGUUGACCGGGUUCCGAGCAAAAGUCACCCGUCUCCAUCACCAAGCGGAUGCUCUGAUCAAAGAGAUAGUCGACGAGCACAAAGCCGCCAGAAGAGCCGCCGCCGCCGCUGGAGGGAAAGAGAAGGAGGCAGCAGCAGAUGAUCUUGUCGAUGUUCUUCUUGAUCUACAGGAGAAUUGUACUGAUGAUAUGGAAUCUUCGUUGACGGAUGACCACAUUAAAGCAGUCAUUACCGAGUUGUUUCUGGCUGCUAGCGGAACUCUAUCAGCCACGAUGGAGUGGACCAUGUCUGAACUGAUGAAAAAUCCCAGAGUGCUUCAAAAGGCACAGGAAGAAGUCCGGGGAGCGAUUGGUGGGAAAGGGAAAGUGGAAGAGCAUGGUCUGGACGACUUGAAGUACAUGAAUGCGGUCAUCAAGGAGGCUCUAAGGAUGCACCCGGCGGGUCCUCUGCUUGUUCCGAGAGAAAGUAUCGAGGAUGUGGUGAUCAGUGGGUAUAUGGUCCCGACCGGAACUAAGGUCAUGGUUAAUGUCUGGGCGAUUGGGAGGGAUCCGAGCUACUGGGCUGAUCCGGAUACCUUCUAUCCGGAGAGAUUUCUUGAUUGCUCGAUGGACUUUAAGGGGAGAGACUUCGAGUUCAUUCCGUUUGGCGCGGGAAGAAGGAUGUGUUCCGGAAUGUACUUCGGGAUGGCUAUCGUUCAGCUUGCACUGGCCAACUUGCUUUAUCAUUUCGACUGGAAACUUCCUGAUGGAAUGAAACCCGAAGAGCUGGACAUGUCCGAAAGGUUUGGGAUCACAUUGCGCAGAAAUAGCCCACUGUGCUUGAUUCCAGUUGCGUACAACAACAGUGUGUCUUGA